CCCACGCCUCAAAUUUAGACGAGAAAAGACUUUGCUAAGUGAGCGUAAAGGCACUGAAAACAUCUUCACAAAUUAAUAAUAAUAAUAAUUGAUAAUAUUCAAUAUUCAUGUCGAACCUCUGAAAUGAUUUCCAUGAAGAAACUUGAAAAGGGUUUCUACAACAGGUUUUGAUCGGGCAUGAGUAUUAACCCCUCUUAGCAUUUUUUUCUCCAAUUCAAUUACCCUGCAUUCAGAUCGAACAUCUGAAAAGGCUUAAAUUCAUUACUUUGAGCUAAAAUUGGCCAAAUUUGACCGCAGAUCGAGCAUUUUCUGCUCGAACAACAUAAAAUCAUGUCUCUAAACGCAGACGACGAAGUUAAAAAAGAUCUAGAAAGUUCUCCAAGCGAAAACACAAACAAUGUGGGUGAACAGCAGGGAUUUGCGGAUUUUAGCACUAUGAAGAGUCCAGAAGAAAGCAGCCACGGAUCUGAAAAUAAAGAGCCUGAAAAAUCGGAGGAAGAAAAGAAUGAACAGGCGGAAAUGACGUUUACAAUGAGGGAGCUGAUAAAUCGGCUUGAUGAAGCAGGAGAAGAUGAUAAAGUCGAAGAGGCAAACGGUUUGGAUGAGAAUCGAACUCGUGAAGAGGAGAUUCAAGAGGUUCGUAGAGUUAAUAAUGGAUUCGUGGAGGAGAAUGAGCAGGAGAAUGGCGGUUUGUUUAGCGGUGUUACGGUAUAUGAGGGCGAGAGGCAGGAUAAUAGCGCUUCGGCUUAUCCCUCAGAAACUCUCAUUCAACAUUCUGUGAGUCAGAAGAAUAUGGCAGCUGAUCUUCUUAACAGCAUUAUGGUUGGGGAUGAAGAGGGUCGUUCUCGACAACGAAUUCUUUCGUUUGCUGCAAAAAGGUAUGCAAGUGCAAUUGAAAGGAAUCCACAAGACUAUGAUGCUCUGUACAAUUGGGCUUUGGUUUUGCAGGAAAGUGCAGAUAAUGUAGGACCAGAUUCAAGGUCUCCUUCAAAAGAUGAUUUACUUGAAGAAGCAUGUAAAAAGUAUGAUGAGGCUACAAGGCUUUGUCCUUCUUUGCAUGAUGCAUUUUAUAAUUGGGCAAUUGCAAUAUCUGAUCGAGCAAAGAUGAGAGGACGCACAAAAGAAGCAGAAGAACUAUGGAAACAGGCUACCAAAAACUAUGAAAAAGCGGUUCAACUCAAUUGGAAUAGCCCUCAGGCGCUGAACAACUGGGGCCUUGCAUUGCAGGAACUUAGUGCUAUUGUUCCUGUUCGAGAAAAGCAGACGAUUGUUAGAGCUGCUGUGAGCAAGUUCCGAGCAGCAAUUCAACUGCAGUUUGAUUUUCAUCGAGCAAUUUAUAACCUGGGGACAGUGCUGUAUGGUCUAGCAGAAGACACUUUGAGAAGUGGACGACAAACAAAUACAAAGGAGAUGACACCAAAUGAGCUUUACAGUCAAUCUGCUAUAUAUAUUGCUGCGGCGCAUGCACUGAAGCCAAAUUAUUCGGUUUAUAGGAGUGCGUUGCGCCUUGUACGUUCUAUGCUUCCACUUCCCUACUUAAAAACAGGAUAUUUAACUGCUCCUCCAGCGGGGAAUUCAUUGGCACCUCAUUGUGACUGGAAACGAUCCCAAUUUGUUCUUGAUCACGAAGGUCUUUACCAGGUAGAUAAGGAUGAUGAAAGGCUACUUUCCCAAAGUCCUAGAAGAUUAGGUGGUGUUUCUGAAAGUGGCAUACUUUAUAUGGAUAAAUCAUCAUUGUUCAGAGUUGAAAUUUCAGAUAUUCUCUCUGUAUCUCCAUGUGCGGAUCUUACACUACCCCCAGGAGGUGGCCUCUGUAUUGAUACCGUCAAGGGACCAUGUUAUCUUGUGGCAGAUACUUGGGAAACAAUGGAUGGGUGGCUAGAUGCAAUUCGUCUUGUCUAUACUAUUUUUGCACGAGGAAAAAGUGAUGUAUUGGCUGGUGUCAUAACUGGUUGAUGUCCAUUUGGAAGAAUCCUCUGCCAUCACUUGCUUAUUGAGCAGUUCUUUGGAGAAAAUUUUGAUUCUUGUUUUUUAUUUAUUGAUCCUUAUGUCGAAUGAUUUCAGUGAUUCAUCUGACUUUUUUUUUCAAUUCUUUAUUAUACUAUUACGAAUCAAAUAUGUAUCACACUUCUAUGUUGAGCAAGUAUAAAUUAUAUAUAUAUUUUUGGGAUA